AUACCAAAGUUAAUUGCUUGAAUCUCAUUAACCGAGGCUGAAUUGCAUCCCAUCGGCCAUCAUGUACGGAAGAUUUAGGAAAGCACAGUCCUUGGAACCCUUCUCAGUGAAUGCCGCCAGUGCCCCUGUCCCUAUCCCUAUCCCUAUCCCCGCGGGGCAGAUUGGGGAGGGUCACUCGUCCUGGCUGCCCCCGGAGUGGGCAAUGGAGCCCCGCCCCGGUGUUUAUUUUCUUCAAGUCUUCAAGGACGGCCAGCUUCUUGACCGCAUCCCUCUCGAUAAGCGCCGCAACAUCUUCGGCCGCCAGUCUCUUACCUGUGAUCAUGUGCUCGAUCAUCAGUCUGUUUCCCGCCAGCAUGCUGCUCUUGUUCCUCACAAGAACGGAAGCAUAUAUGUAAUUGAUUUGGGUUCUGCGCACGGUACUUUUGUUGCAAAUGAACGCGUCACUAAGGAUACCCCUGUUGAGCUUGAAGUGGGGCAGUCUUUGCGGUUUGCUGCAUCUACUAGAGUUUAUGUCUUGAGAAAGAAUGAUGCAGCUCUUUUUCAUCGUCCUCCACUGCCUUCCGAGCUUGACCUGCCACCACCGCCUGACCCAUCUGAUGAAGAAGCUGUUGUCGCUUAUAAUACACUUUUUAAUCGGUAUGGUCUGACCAAGUUGAGCAAACUGCCUAGACCCGAUGAGUCAGCUAACUCAGCAAACAAAAAUGGUGGCACCCAGCGGCUGGAGAGAGCCUCUAAGAGACCUAAGAAGGCAAGAGUAUCGUUCAGGGAUCAAGUUGGGGGAGAGUUGGUUCAAAUUGUUGGUAUAUCAGAUGGUGUGGAUGUAGACACAGAACCUGGUCCAAUAGGUGUUAAAGAAGGGCAAAGUCUUGUUGGAAAAUAUGGAUCCCUUGUGCAGUCUACAGUAAUACCCAAAGGGAAGGAGCAAUCAUCUGCCAAUGAAGCGAAUACUAACCAAAAAGGGAUGACUGAAAAAUUACAACAGGUCUUAAAUAGAGUCAAAUCUGCUCCAAAAGAUGGGAUAUAUGAUGACCUUUAUGGAGAAUUUCAUUCAGGAAAAUUGGGCACUUCCUGGGCUUAUCCUUCAAUUACCGCCUCUCCGAGUAAAGACUCUGAUGAAAAGCCAUCAAAUGCAAACAAAGGAAUUAACUCGGGCCAUGUUGAUGAUGACUAUGAUGAUUUAUUUGGAGACUGACUGAAGCAAGAACUCAUAGAUGGAUUGUUUUAUUCUCCUCUUCCUGGUUUCGAGAAUGGUUUGGAGGUUGGAUAGCUGCAACCCAUGAAAUUUGUACGGUCUUGCUUCCCCUGUGGAUGGGAUUUUUGUUGUAAUUCAUCAACAAAUUUCUUUGUAUUGGCACAUCUCUGAGUCAUAAUUUCCAAGCCAGUUAGUGUCUGAGAUUGUGGAUUUGAAACUGUAUAACCAUGGACGGGAUGGAAAGGCUGUAUUUGAUGCUGCCAGGUAUGUCAUUCAUUAACUCAUUUUCAAAUCUGACAUGAUGUGUUUAUGGUGGUGC